AUAGCAAUUUUUUUAAUGAAAAUUCUCAAUUGAGUUGGAAUAGUACCAUAAUUCUUUUGCUUGAUUUGCAACUGAUAUGGGUGAUUUUGGUGCACAAAGGAGAAUCACCAUAACAAACCACCACGGUGAAAAUCUCGUCGGAGUAUUACACGAUGCGCCUUCCGCUGCACUUGUUAUCGUUUGCCAUGGUUUUCAAUCAUCCAAGGAAAGGAUCCCCAUGGUGAACCUUGCUGGUGCUCUGGAAAAAAAUGGAAUCAGUGCUUUUCGCUUUGACUUCGCCGGAAACGGGGAAAGUGAAGGUUCAUUUCAGUAUGGUAACUACUACAGAGAAGUUGAAGAUCUGCGAGCUAUAGUCGAACACUUCCGUGAGGAGAAAUAUGUAAUUACUGCAAUUGUUGGUCAUAGUAAAGGGGGUAAUGUGGUUCUGUUAUAUGCCUCAAAAUAUAAGGAUAUUCAUACUGUUGUCAAUAUAUCUGGGCGGUUUAACCUUGCAAGAGGCAUGGAGAGUCGCUUGGGAGAAAAUUUUAUACAAAGGAUCAAAAAAGAUGGAUUUAUCGAUGUUAAAAAUAAAAGAGGGAAGAUUGUGUAUCGUGUAACUGAAGAAAGUUUAAUGGACCGUCUAAAUACUAUAACCCAUCUUGCCUGCCUAUCAAUCCCCGAAAGUUGCAGGGUGUUGACAAUUCAUGGGUCCAUGGAUGAAACUGUACCCGUAGAAGAUGCGUUAGAGUUUGCUAAGUUCAUAUCGAAUCAUGAACUACGCCUGAUAGAAGGGGCUGAUCAUGAAUAUACUUCUCAUCAAGAUGAAUUGACCAGUUUAGUUUUGGACUUUAUCAAGGUUCAUAAUGGUAAGGAAAACAAUACAUCUAAGCAGACACGAUUCGGAAGAGGAGAUAAACCUAUCCAUUCACGUUUCUAAUCUUUGCGAAAUAUGUGGAUCUGGUACCUCAUUUUAAUCUACCCUCCUUACUAAUAAAGAGGACAGACUCGUCCUAUUUCUUGCAUCUCUAGUGCCCACCAGGCAGCCAAUAAUUAUUAGCUGUCAGAGUUAAAGAAAAUCGACCAAUCGUCUCUCAUUAUUGGGCCACAACAAUUACACAUCUGACAAGAACUACCACGUCAUAACUGCCAGGUUAUCAACCUGACAUUAUACUCUUAUUGUUGCUGUUAAAAGUUUAUGCUCUUCCAUUUACAGUGGAUUUUGAUAUCAUAAGUUUGAACACCACCCAUCUGGUAGAUAAUACAUACAGAGUACAGUUGAUUGAA